AUGUCUUCCACAAUUCAUUUUCACGAUCCGGCGAAUUUCCAGUCUCAGUCAGACGAGUUUAUCUCUUGGCUGUCUGGUAAGCCUGGGGUGAAGGUUAACCCUAAGAUUCGCCUCGCUGAUUUGAGAUCCAGAGCGGCGGGCAGAGGUGUCGAGCUUCAGGAGCUUCAGGGCAGCGCAAUCGUCGAUAGAAUUGGCAAGGAAGGUGCAGAAGAAUCCAUACUGGAAAUGAUUGCUCCUAUUGUGAGAGCCAAUCCAUCUCUCUUUCCGCCGGUGGAUGGUCUAGCAUCGUAUGAUGGCGAUGCUGGCACUCAGGCUCUCCUGAACCUCGCUCAUGUGAUGGGCUCCCUUAUCAUGGCUUAUGCCUUCGAUAUCGAGAAGCCCGAAGAUGAGGAUGAUGAAGGAGAUGAUGAAAGCGGAUAUGUGACUGAUGAUGAGGAACAAUUGUCCAAGGGUAUGGUUCCUCUGGCAGAUUUGUUGAACGCCGAUGCAGACCAGAAUAACGCUCGUCUUUUCCAAGAAGAGACCGGUCUUGUAAUGAAGGCUAUCAAGCCUAUCAGUGCAGGGGCUGAGAUUUUCAAUGAUUACGGAGAAAUCCCCCGUGCGGACCUUCUGAGGAGGCGGCAGGCCUUGAAAAUGCCGAUACUGAGAACCAACCUGUGGUAUAUACUCUCAAUCUCGCCUAUACCUGUUUGA